GUCCGUCAUAGACGUACAAAAAAUGACACAACUUGUACUUCGGAGUUCGGACAGCAAAGUUCAUAUAAUAAUAAUCUCAACCUUGGAAAACAAUGGAAUUGGAAUGAACUGAAACUUUCUGAAAUUUUCUCGUCCACAUAAGAAGUCUUUACUUCACGCAGCUCAGAGUCAGACUGGACUUGAGAACUUACAAGGAUGGAGCACGGUUCUCCGCCCGAUCUGACUGGACGUCACAGUCCAGCAGACUGGGAUGUGAUUGUCAUCGGGGCUGGCGUGGCUGGACUGACCACUGCCUACAGACUGCGGCAGGAGAAACCUGACUGUAGGGUACUCGUCCUGGAGGCAAAAGACAGAGUCGGAGGCCGUACGUUGUCCACUGAAAUGCAAGGUGCUCACGGGAAAGACGUAUGGGACUUGGGUGGCCAGUGGCUUGGAAGCACACAGCAUCACCUCCACUGGCUCAUGGAGGAGCUAGGCCUAGAGAAAUACCCACAAUACAGCACGGGCAAGAAGCUGAUGUUGCUAGGCAACCGAGGCAUCCGUUCCUACAACUCCAGCAUCCCGUCCAUGUCUCUGGCGGCACUGGUGGACGUCCAUCGCUUCUUAACUCUGACGGACAGACUAGCAGCAAGUGUUCCCCUGGACGACCCAAUGAAGUCACCGUAUGCUAAGGUGUACGAUGGGACAACUAUGGACAGCCUUGUCCGACAAACAACUUGGACACAGGAGGCUAGGGAUGCUAUUGAGGUAUCUGCAGACAUUAUCAAUGGAGCCCCACCCCGUAUGAUGUCAGUGCUUUACUUCAUGCAUUACGUCGCCAGCGCAGGAGGGAUCAGAAAUUUGGUGGAGGCGGAAGGGGAUGCCAAUAAUGGCUUCAGGAUAAAGGGGGGAGCUCAACAAAUCUCUAAACUUCUGGUAGAAAGGAUAGGCCAGGAGCAGGUUCUAUUGGGCCAGCCUGUAGAUCACAUAGACCAGCAGGAGGCUGACAGUGUCACCGUGGUAACUGCUGCAGGCAAAGCAUUCACCUGUCGCUAUGUGGUUGUUGCUGCUCCCAUUCAUUGCUCCACUGACAUCAAGUACACACCCGUCAAGCCGUUGGACAGGAUCAAUCUGGCAAGGCUGUCACCAGUGGGACAUCUCAUCAAGUUUAUUGUCACCUAUCCAACGGCGUUUUGGAGAGAGGAUGGUUUUUCCGGUGAGAUCGUCAGCAACGGCGGUAAGCCGAUUAUCGAAGGUCCCAGCUCAGGCCCACUACACCUCACCUACGACUGCACGACGUCUAACGGCAACCCGGGCAUCGUGGGAUUCUACGCCAAUGGCCGAGAGUGGAGCCAUAUUGAUCCUGACAUCAGAAAGCAAGCUGUCUUGGACUCCCUAGCAGAGUUCUUUGGGUCAAAGGCAAGAGACCCCUUAGACUACUGUGAAAAGGACUGGGCUUUGGAGUCUUACAACGGUGGCUGUCCUGUCAACAUAAUGACCCCCGGAGCAAUGACAUUUCACAAAGGGCUCAGGACACCAUUUGACAGAGUGCACUGGGCCGGCACAGAAACAGCCACACACCACGUGGGCUUCAUCAGCGGUGCGGUGCAGUCUGGGAUGCGGGCAGCGGACGAGGUUCUUCGACGUCUGGAACCCGAGCGGCCACCGGACCAAGUCCUGACCAGUCUAGACGACAAGCGAGACACCGGCCAGGGUAAUCGGAUGUGGGGUCGAUUGUUAUUGGUGGGCGGUGCAGUAGGGGCAGUGCUUGUUACAGCACUUUUCGUCAAAAAGUUUGGCCUUAAAUGGACUCCCUCCUUUGUUCGGAGGAUGUCCAAACCUUGGAAUAUCUAGGGCACAAUGGAAUUUCAAUUUUGUGACCACCCGCCAGGCUUAAAGUCACACGUUGAUUGAGUAAUUCAAAAGAAAAGCUUCAAAAAUAUCAGUCAGUACAUGGCCAUUUUUUUUAUUUCUUCGGAAAAUAGAGUAGUUUGGAAAAUUGAAUAGUUUGUAGCAUUAUCCUUCAGGUCUGAAAACUUGGAAUGAUCGACAAUUUCAAAAACUGGCUUUCAGUAGGUCAUCGUUAACCAGUUCGCGUCGGAGGACGUGAUAACACGCACUGACUGUUUUUAUACACAGGCACGGCUGAUGGGUUAAGGCAUCAAAAUUGCCUAGACUCGCCUCCGGGUGAUGUCUAAACACGCUAAUCCCUUA